AUGGCAUCCCUGCUCUCCACCUCUGGUCGGCGCACGGCCGUGGGACCCGGCUGGCUGCUGGUUUUGGUGCUCGUCGCUUUCCUGGUUAGCAGCCACUUCUGCAUGCAACAGAGACUGUACACUACCGCAGUGUACCUGGGAGACGGCAGCGAGAACGAUCGGCUGCCCGCCAGCAGUCGCCCCCGACGGGCUGCCGGCGAGCGGCUGCCGGCGGAGGUCUGGGCCGGCUUCACACCGCCCUACCUGGCCACAGCCAGCAGCCAGGUUGUGAAACUGCUGAGCGAGAAGGAGUGCAAGGAGCUGGAGGAGCUGUGCGGGCGAUGCCUAGCGGAUGAGCUGUUCACCAUGAUCCCCUUCCACAAUGGAAAUAAAGUGUUUGUUGCCACCGGUGACAUUGCGUCCAUGUGGAUCCGGGAUUCCGCAGUGCAGCUGGGCACGAUAGUACCCCGCAUGACGCACCAGCCUGCGCUUCGGCUGCUGGCCACAAUGAUUGUUAUUGACCCAUAUGCCAAUUCGUAA